AUGGCAGUGUCAGAACAGGAGCCUAUCGCCAUCAUUGGCAUGGCAUGCCGCUUCCCAGGCGGCUCAGACUCACCCUCGAAGCUAUGGGACUUGAUCCAGUCGCCACGCGACCUCUCCAAGCGUGUUCCUGCUGACCGUUUCGAUGCAACCGGAUUCUUCCACACCAAUGGCUCCCAACACGGCGCCUUGAACGCGCCAAACGCGUACUUCAUCGAAGAAGACGUGACCCGGUUUGACAACACCUUCUUCAACAUCCAACCAGCAGAGGCCGAGGCUAUCGACCCACAGCAGCGCCUAGUCAUGGAGACUGUUUACGACUCUCUGUGCGCCGGUGGCCAAACCAUUGAAGGUCUUCGGGGAUCUAACACAGCCGUGUAUGUUGGCAUGAUGUGUGACGACUGGGCUCAGAUCGUUAAUCGGGACUGGGACCUGGCCCCGACAUAUGCUGCCACGGGUGACAGCCGUGCCAUCAUCUCAAAUCGGGUCUCCUACUUCUUCGACUGGCACGGACCUAGCAUGACGAUUGACACGGCCUGCUCGUCCUCGUUGGUGGCAGUUCACCAGGGUGUGACAGCCCUGCGAAAUGGCGAAUGCCCGAUCGCCAUUGCGGCCGGCGCCAACCUGAUCGUGGCUCCUGGCAUGUUUAUCAAAGAGAGCAGCCUUCGCAUGCUGUCACCAACGGGCACCAGCAAGAUGUGGGAUGCUGCAGCUGACGGCUAUGCUCGCGGUGAGGGUAUUGCGGCCGUUGUGAUGAAGCCGCUUAGUGCGGCACUGAGAGACGGCGACCACAUUGACUGCGUGAUUCGCGGGACAGCUGUAAACCAGGACGGUAAGACGGCAGGUAUGACGAUGCCCAGCAACAUCGCUCAGGCACAGCUCAUCCGGGAUACCUAUGCCCGUGCCGGGCUUGACAUCAACGAUCCGAAAGAUCGCCCCCAGUUCUUCCACGCGCACGGCACUGGUACGCAAGCCGGUGACCCGCAGGAAUCGGAAGCCAUCGCGCGAUCCUUGUUCGGGCAUGGCAAGCCGACUGAUACGCUAUAUGUGGGCUCUAUCAAGACCGUUGUCGGACACACCGAGGGUGCCGCCGGCCUUGCCAGUGUGAUCGGCUCUGUCAUGGCCAUGCAGCAUGGCAUCAUCCCCCCCAAUCUUCAUUUCAAGAGGCUAAGUGACAAAGUCGCCCCGUUCUACGAUAACCUCAAGAUUCCUACCUCCGCCACGCCCUGGCCGAGUACGCUUCCCGGCCAGCCGCGCCGAGUUAGUGUCAACAGUUUCGGGUUCGGUGGCACCAAUGCACAUGCCAUUCUCGAGUACUAUGAGCCUCAAACACCGAACAACAAGGCCGCUGCUGCUGCUGUGCCAGCAUUUACGCCACUCACCAUUUCGGCUGCUUCUUCGUCUACCAUCCGCGCCACUCUCGAUGACCUACGGACCUACCUCCAGGGGAAUCCGGACACUAACAUGCGCGACUUGGCUUACACACUACAGACACGCCGGUCGACGCUCCCUUUCCGCAAGCCCAUCUUUGCUGCUGACAUUAACGAGGCCGUCAAGAGGAUUAAUGGGCUGCUCGCCGACGCCGAUGCCGGCGGUAGCGAACUGACUACUCGUUAUUUCGACGUAUCCAAGCCCUCUAUUCUCGGCGUGUUCACUGGCCAAGGAGCCCAGUGGGCGCGAAUGGGAGCAAGGCUCAUAGAGGAAUCGCCGUUUGCUGCCCAGCGCAUUGCCGAGCUUCAGCGAGCCCUGGCCACGCUCCCCGAUGGCGACCGACCCGACUGGACGCUGAGCGGGCAACUCCUUGCCAACCCCAAGUCCUCUCGGAUGUCCGAAGCAACCAUAUCUCAGCCGAUAUGCACAGCCGUACAGAUCGUACUCGUGGACCUACUCAGGGCCGCGGGCAUCCAGUUGCGUGCUGUAGUAGGUCACUCAUCCGGCGAGAUCGGCGCUGCGCUGGCCCGCGCUGGAGGCCCUGGUGCUAUGAUGGCUGCCGGUGACGAAGAUGCCAUCGACGAGGCUGUCGCCAUCUUCAAGGACGAAGGCAAGUUUGCGCGCCGGUUACAAGUCGACACGGCAUACCACUCUGCCCACAUGAAGCCGUGUGCGGAGCCUUAUCUCGCUGGCCUCGCAAGGGCUGGCUACGCUGUGGAGGAGGGCAACGGCACAAAGUGGUUCUCCAGUGUCGUCGAGGGCGGUCGUGUCAUGACUAAAGAGGACGUCCAGUCUCCCCAGUACUGGGUUGAAAAUAUGGCCAACGCCGUCUUGUUCGAGCCGGCCGUAUCGCAGGCAGUCACUGAAGCCGGGCCGAUGGACUUGGCCAUUGAGUACGGUCCCCAUCCCGCGCUCAAGGGUCCGGCCCUCGAUACGAUAGAGCAUGCAACCGGGCACAAAAUUCCCUAUACGGGACUGCUAGCCCGGAAAAAGGACGACGUAGAAACUCUGGCAUUGGCUGUCGGUUUCAUUUGGACGCACCUGGGUGCCUCGUCGGUGAACUUUGACGAGUUUGAGAAGCUGAUUUCUGGUGCUGCGUCGUUGCCCAAGCAGCCCCUGACCAACCUCCCGACCUAUCCCUUUGACCACUCCCGUUCUUUCUACUCGCUCACCCGCUUCUCGGGCGCCCACCGACACCUACAUGCGCUGCCACACCCGCUCUUGGGGCGACGGUUGGUAGAGACGGAGACGGCCGACGAGGUCUCAUGGCGCAAUGUCCUGCGUCCCUCCGAGAACAGCUGGCUCCAGGGCCACGCAUUACAGGGCCAAAGUGUCUUCCCCGCGAUGGGCUUUGUCUCCUUGGCCGUAGAAGCCGUCGCCGCUGCUGCUGCUGGCCGCAAGCUGGGGCUCAUCUCCAUUGAAAACGCCGUCAUUGGCCGCGCUCUCUCGUUUGAUGACGAAAGUGCUGGCAUGGAAACCAAGGUGACACUGAGCUUGGUGCGGUCCACCGACGACGAACUCUCCGGCCGCAUUACCUGCCACUCUGGCCGGCCGUUUGAUAGUGGCACACCGUUAACCCUCAACUUCAGCGCUACUAUCACGGCUACCUUGUUCGAAGCCGGGUCAGACACGCUGCCUGCAGUUCGCCAUGACGAGAUCAACCUGGUGGAGGCGGAGCCCGAACGCCUGUACUCACAGUUCACCAAGUUGGGCUAUACCUACGGCUCGCCGUUCACAGGUGUGCGGGCGAUCCACCGCAAGAUGGGCUGGGCCAUGGGCGAGAUCGAGGACGAGUCUGGCAACGGCUGGGAGGAUAAGCUCUUGGUCCACCCGGGCUGGCUCGACUCGGCCAUCCAGACGGGCUUCGCCGCCUACAGCCACCCGCACGACAACCGUCUCUUUACUCUCUGCGUGCCAACGACCUUCCGCUCCAUCGUCAUAAACCCAUACUUUUGCAACACUAGCGAGGCUCGUGACCGCACCCUACAGUACCAGACAUCCACUCGUGCGACGCCUGAGGGCCAUAUGAUGGUUGAUAUUGACGUGUACUCUGGCGGGUCAGCACAAGCGCACCCGUUUGUUCAGUUUGAGUCGGUUGAGCUCCAACCGUUUGCGGCGCCAACACCUCGUGACGAUGCUGUCAUUUACACCCGCUACGACUACCGCCUGGCUGCCCCUGAUGCCAAUGUGGCCAUGAAGGGCGAAGAGAGCGACGAUAAGGGAGUGUCAUCAUCUGAAAACGACACAGCCUUGCUGGCAGCCGAGCGUGUGGGCUUCUUCUAUCUACGCCGCCUCCACGAGACUAUGACGCAGUGGGAGAAGGCCGAUGCCCUGGGCCAUCACCAGAACUUGCUGGACUUUGCUGCUCGCACGGUAGAAACUGUUUCGCGAGGGGAUCAUCCCUACGUGCCGCAGGAGGCGCUCAAGGACACGGCAGCUUUUGUCAACUCUCUCAUCGCCAAGCACCACAAGCACGACUACAUGCGGCUGUUGGAGGUGGCGGGCAGCCAUCUGGCUGAUGAGAUCCGCGCUGGUGGCAGCAUCCUGGAGCACCUGGCCAAGGACGAGCUGCUGAGCCGGUUCUACCAGCAGCUGACGGCGCAGCCGGGACAGGAGAACGCAAACGUGUGGUACGCCCGCGUUGCCGCCCAGAUCGCCCACCGGUUCCCGCGCAUGCAUAUCCUCGAGAUUGGAGCGGGAACUGGAGGUGGUUCGACUACCUCGAUCCUACCCGCCCUUGGCGAUGCCUUCUCCUCUUACACUUACACUGACGUCUCGGCCGAGUCCUUGGAGGGCGUCCAGCACCGUUUCCGUGACUUGGCCGAUCGCUUGGUGGUCACGACAUACGAUAUUAACCAACCACCAGCGGAGCAGGGACUAGGGGAAGGCUCAUUCGAUGUCGUGCUGGCGUCGGCAGCCCUGCAUGCCGCCGUCGACUUGGACGAGACGCUUGCCAAUGUGAGGAAGCUCCUGAGGCCUGGCGGCUAUCUAGUUGCGUUGGAGAUCAACAGCAACGACUCCCUGAGCCUAAGCACCAUUCUCGGCGGUCUACCCGGGUGGUGGGCCGACAGCAAUGGGCCAUCUCUGCCAUUGGAUCAUUGGGAUUCACUAACACGCCGACACGGCUUCAGUGGCAUCGACACGACCACCCCCUUUUCCACCGGCAGCAAGAACAAGCUGCAAUGGUUCUCCGCCUUUGCCAGCCAGGCCGUCGAUGACCGUGUUAAUAGUCUGCGUGCUCCCCUAGCCGCUCCCGCUCCGACCCAGGGCACCGGCCAGCUGGUCAUUGUAGGCGGACGCACAGAAGCCAUUGCCAAGCUGGCUAAGGGUGUAAGUGCCCUGAUUAGCCCGCGCUACGCAGCCGUCACGUUCCUCGAGUCUAUUGAAGAACUCGACGGGUACGACCUGGCCUCUGGGAGCUCUGUUCUCUGCCUGACGGAGCUGGAGGAGCAGCUCCUCGAGACUCGAACCGAGCCCAAGAUUGAGGGCCUAAAGACACUCUGGCGGAACGGCCAUGCUAUCCUCUGGGCCACACGUGAGGCCCGCGCUGAGCGUCCAUACUCGUCCAUCAUCCUCGGAGUGUCCCGUGUUCUCCGCCACGAAUAUCCGACCAUCACUCUGCAGUUACUCGACUUCGACGCCGCCACGGAACCAACGUCGGAGGUUCUCGCCGAUGCCCUGCUGCGCCUUGAGUUGGGCGCACGCUUCAAGAAGGAGGAGGAAACCAAUGUCCUCUGGACCAUCGAGCCCGAGUACCACUACGUCAACGGCCAAUUGUUCAUCCCGCGACUGCUCCCUUACACAGAGGCCAACAACCGGUACAACACCUACCGCCGCGCUGUGUAUGAUGAAUUCGAUCCGCGCGAGACGACCAUGGUGCUCGAGCCAGCAGCUGACGGCAAUACCGUUACUCUCCGAGUCGAGCAGUCGCUGCUACAAGUCCUCAAGAUCCGCGAGGUUGGCUAUUUCACCUUGUUUGUCGGCACCGAGGCCGAGACGGGUCAACGGCUCCUCGCGCUGGCCGACACUGCUGUCGAGUCCCGAGUACGUGUGCCCACCGAAUGGACGGUGCCUCUACCGGCUAGCAAGAAUGGGAAUAUUAAUAGUAGCACCUCUCUCGGCGGUGUUGCCGCAUAUCUCCUUGCGCAGACCAUCCUCGCCACCGCACCACGCUCCGGAACUGUGCUGGUGCAUGAGGCCGACCAGCUCCUCAAGGACGCCCUGGUCAAAGAGGCAGCCAGACAGGACCUGCAAGUUGUCUUUACAACAGCGACGAAGAAUCACGCAGAUGCCAAUGGUUCCUCACCGUACAUUUUUAUCCAUGAGAAGCUCCCUACGCGGCUGGUACGCACGCUUUUGCCGCGCAAUGUCUCUCUCCUGAUCGACCUGUCUCCCGAGCCUGCGUCUGCCAGUUCUGACCUUUUGCCCGGCCUGUCUCCCCACGCAGACGCAGACGACGUGGAGCAGGUCGGUCGAGCGCUCAAGGAGGCUUGGAAGAAGGGAGGAUCAUCAUCGACAAACGAGCAGGUUCCCGUAUUGGCACUCCAGGAUGUCGCCUCCUCACCUGCCGUGCACACCAAGCUCAGCGUCGUCUACUGGGCCACGACCUCAUCGGUGCGAGCUCUUGUACGGCCCAUCGACCAUGGCACCAUCUUCCGCGCUGAUGGCACUUACUUGCUUGUCGGCCUGACCGGCGAGUUAGGCCAGUCGCUGUGCGCUUGGAUGGUAGCCCAUGGGGCGCGGAACCUGGUACUCUCUAGCCGGCGGCCCAAGGUGAGCCAGCGGUUUAUGGACUCGUGCGCGGCUGAGGGAGCGACUAUCAAGGUCAUGUCGAUUGAUGUGACACGCCGCGAGUCUCUACGCCAGGCUCUUGACGAGAUCCGCGCCGAGUUGCCGACCAUCAUCGGCGUCGCCAACGGCGCCAUGAUGAUCGACGACGCCCUGUUUGACGACAUGAAAUUCGAGUCCCUACAGAGGACAGCCCCGCCCAAGAUUGAAGGCUCCGUAGUCCUAGACGAGUUCUUUUAUGACACGCCGCUCGACUUCUUCAUCCUAUUCACCUCGCUGGCCAACGUCGUUGGUAACACGGGCCAGUCGGCCUACAUCAUGGCCAACCAGUUCAUGGCCGCGCUCGCAGCCCAGAGGCGCAAUGUGAGAGGCGUCGCGGGCUCUGACAUUGCCAUCAGCUCCAUCCAGGGCCUGGGCUAUUUCGAGCACGCCAACCACCUGGACAAGGACCACUUCACGCGUAUAGGCUACCGCAACGUUUCUGAGCAGGACUUCCUCGGGCUCUUCGCCGAGGGCAUCCUCGCCGGCCGGCCAGGUCAGAAGGGCGGCUCCGAGGUGUGCACCGGCGUGUCGCCCUUCCGCGAGGGCGCCACAUUGCUCGCCAACCCCUGCUUCAGCCAUCUCCUGCUACACGACGCCGCUGCCAUCCGGGGCGGGCGUGGUGGUGGUGCUGGCAAGACGGAGCGUCCACGCGCCCGUCUUGCUGCUGCCAAGUCUGCUACUGAGGCAAAGAGCAUCAUCAGAGAAGCCUUUAUCGAGCGGUUGAAGCGCAUCCUCAUGAUCCCUCAAGGCGAGAGCGUCAACGAGAUGGUGACGCUCGUGGAACAGGGAGUGGACUCCAUCAUGGCGGUUGAGGUCCGCACCUGGUUCCUUCAGGAGUUCAGCAUCGACCUUCCUGUGCUCAAGAUUCUGGGCGCUGGGUCGACUCUCGAGUCUAUACUUGAUGAUGCGGUCAGCGGCAUCCCCGCCGACAUCCUGGACUUAGAAAAGGUGGGCAGUGACGGCGGCAAUCCUCCUGUUGCUACCGCUGCUGCCCCUACUCCUGCUCCUGUUCUUGUUCCUGUUCCUGCUCCAGCUCCAGCUAAAGCGUCUUUCCCACCCACCAAGAAAUCGACGGAGACCUCGUAUAGUUCAGAGUCAGGUAGUCUGCCAGCCACUUCGACGCCCCGAUCGCCGCUUGACACGCCUCUGGAGACACCUCUGGGAGACGAUGUCGACCAUAAGAAACCUACGGCCCAGUCACUGGAGAGACAGCUUGAAGAAGCGAGGCGCGAAAAGAUCAUCGCCUCCAUCAAGCUGCCGGAACACACCGAGCCCAUGACGUUUGGGCAGAAGCGCUUCUGGUUCCUGAGCCACUAUAUUGAUGAUCCCACUACGUUCAAUAUUGCCUACCAAUUCAAGCUCACAGGCCGCAUCCGCAUCGACGAUCUCGCCAAGGCCGUCGAGUCGGUAGCGCAGAGGCACGAGGCCCUGCGCACGCGUUUCUUCUGGUCCGACGACGACAGCAGGACGCCCAUGCAGGGUAUCCUGUCGAAAUCCUUUGUGCGUCUGGAGACAGCCACGAUCCAUUCAGAGGCCCAGGCGGCCGAGGAGCUCGACGCCAUGCGUGACCACAAGUGGGAUCUCGGCGAUUGGGGCCAGCUUCGACUACGACUGCUCUCGCUCUCUGACACACGGCAUUACCUGCUCAUGGGAACACACCACAUCUCGAUGGACGGUCACAGCAUGAACAUGCUGAUGCUCGACAUCAACCAAGUCUACAGCAACCGCGGCCGACCGUUGGCACCGCUGCCCGAUGCCUCACAGGCCCGUUCCUUUGGCAAGCAGCAACUCCUCGCGUACAAGACCGGCAAGCUCCAGCCAGCCAUCGAUUACUUCCGCCGUACACUCCAGGCCGUAGACCUCGCACGUCCCAUCGAGCUACUCUCCUUUGCUCGCUCCCAAGUUCGCCAGCCGCUCCAGGAUUACAAGAUCAACAUUGCUCGGAUCCGUCUCGACGCCCAGACAGUCGCCAAGUUGAAGCAGCUCACGCGGAGCAGCAAGGCCACGUCGUUUCAUGGCUACUUGACCAUUCUACAGGCACUUCUGUUCCGGCUGCUGCCCGCUGAGACAACGGACAAAAUUGUCAUAGGUGUCGCUGACGCCAACCGGCUCGACAGCAACUUCAUGGGCAGCAUCGGGAAUUUCUUGAACGUGCUCCCCCUGGUGUUCAAUCGUAGCCCCGGCGGCCAGACGUUCGGGCAGGCCGUCGAGGAGACACGCAAGAACGUGUACAGCGCGCUGGAACACUCGGCCCUACCCUUUGAUUUGUUGCUGGACGAGCUGGCCGCACCGCGCUCCAAUGCAUACCCACCUGUAUUCCAAGUGCUGAUGGACUAUAAGCUAUUUACCAAAGAGCAGGCGGAGAUGCCCUGGGCUGGAUGCAGGGUCGGCGAGCACCAGUGGCAUGCGGCGAGAGGCCCAUACGACAUUGCACUAGAGAUUGUCGAUGACGGCGAGGGAGCCUUGCUGGCUUUGCAUAUGCAAGGGGCUCUGUACAGCCAGGAGGCCACGGACUUGUUCCUGCGAAGCUAUGUUAAUGUCUUGAGAGAGUUUGUGAAGCAGGGCGGCGACAUAGCAAAGGUGGACAAAUGGGACAAGGCUGAUGUGAAGAAGGCGUUGACACUCGGCAAGGGCACUGACAUGCCACUCGAAUGGCCUGUCACCAUCGCCCACCGUCUUGACCAGGUCAUCGCCCAGAACCGCGAUAGCGUCGCUGUUAAAGAUGGCUUUGGCCAUGUAUAUACCUACGCUGCGUUGGAUGAGCGGGUUGAAAGCAUUGCGCGUGCCCUUGUUGAGAAGCUGCCUGAUCAAAGCAACGAACAGUCCGUUGUUGGCGUGUUCCAGACUCCAUCUGCCGACUGGAUUGCUUCCAUGAUUGCUAUCCUUCGUGUCGGUGCCGUCUAUCUGCCAUUGGAUCUGAAAGUCUCCAUCCCGCGCCUGAAGGGCUACGUCAAAACGGCGCGGCCGGCGGUCAUCCUGUCCGACAGUGACACGGCAGCACGCACGCCGGAGAUUGGGGUUGGAGCUGAAGACGGGGUAGCUGUCAUCAACAUAUCUGAUCUCCCCGCCACGGCUCAUGAGAGCUCGGAGAGAAUCGCAACGGUAGCCCGUCAGGAUCGCACUGCCUACAUCAUCUUCACCAGCGGGUCGACCGGCGAACCCAAGGGCAUCGCUGUCAAGCAUGCCAGCAUCCGCACCAUGGUUGAGGGCUUCGUGCGAGAGUGGGACAUUGCCACCCUUGGCCGCGUCGUGCUCCAGCAGUUUGCCUUGACCUCUGAUGGCUCGUUGAAGCAGAUCUUCUCCGCCAUCGCUACGGGCGGCUGCCUUGUUGUCGCUCCCGCCGACGCCCGCGGCGACCCGGCCGAGCUGACACGUCUGAUGGCCGAGCACGGCGUGACCAUGACCGUAGCAACGCCUUCCGAGUACAGCAUGUGGUUCCGCUUUGCGCCAGAUGGUCUGCGCCGUUGCACGGCCUGGACUUCUGCCUGGUUUGGCGGCGAACGCUCGCCCCAGAGUCUCCUGGACUCGUUCCGCGGCUUGAGCCGUGUGCUGCCGAAUCUGCGCUUCUAUACCACAUACGGGCCUACGGAGGCGACCGUGUCUACCAUGAAGGGCGUUGCCGAUGUACAUGAUCCUAACCUGACCGUUCCCAUCCCGGGUCGCAUCCUGCCCAACUACGCCGUCUACAUUAUGGACGAGGAAUCGCGACCCGUGCCGAUCGGUGUGCCGGGAGAGAUUGUCAUCGGCGGCGCCGGUGUUGGCCAGAAUGAAUACCUUGGCAGGCCGGACGUGACGGCGAAGCAGUUCCACGCGGACCCGUUCGCACCCCAGGAUAAAAAGGCCACCGGUUGGGGCCGCAUGUACUUUACUGGCGAUUAUGGGCGGCUUGACACCCGCGGCUACAUCGCCAUCGAGGGCCGCGUCGCCGGUGACGCCCAGGUCAAGGUCCGCGGAUUCCGCAUUGAGCUGGCAGAGAUUGAGGGAAUCAUCAUGAGGGAAGCUGCCGGCACGUUUGCCCACGCCGUGGUGACUCUGCGUGCUGGCGAGGGCGACCAUGAUGGACUCCUUGUUGCGCAUGUGGUGCUCGAGAACAAGGGCAUGGGCGAGACGCAAGUUACCAAGACGAUUAACCAGCUCCGCACGCAACUGUCCAACUCCCUCCCGAACUACAUGGUCCCAGCCAUCAUCGUACCUGUUGACGAGGUUCCCCUUACUGCCCACGGCAAGGUCGACCGCAAGGCCGUGCAGGCUCUCCCUCUCCCAGAGAUUAAGACGUCCAGCGCUGAACAGCAAGAGCAGCAGAAGAACUUCACACCCGCCGAGCGCCGCCUUGCUGACCUUUGGACUGAGUCCGACUUCUUCCGCGUCGGCGGCAACUCGUUGCUGCUGGUCAAACUGCAAUCCGUCAUUAAGCGCGUGUUUGGUGACGCACCGCGCCUAGGCUUACUCAUGAAAGCGUCUGAGCUUGGCAGCAUGGCGACACUGCUGGAGAGCCAAGGGUCCGCCCCUGAUUGGGACAAAGAGAUUGCGUUGGACUUGUUAGAUGAUGAUGUCGGAGCAACGGUGCAGCGGACAGGCGAUUCAAACAGCGCCGGUCACGGACUCCGCGUCCUGGUCACCGGCGCAACGGGAUCUCUGGGGAAGAGCGUAGUCCCUCAUUUAGUAGCUGAUGAGCGCGUCGCACAGAUCUUGGUUCUAGCUCGGCCUGCCGAGGGUAGGGACCUGACAAACCUCUUCCCCGGCCUCUCGAGCAAAAUACGUGUGGUGGAAGCCGAGCUGCCGUCUUUGCCUGUUGAUGACGCCUCAGAGCUGGAAGAGAUCGAUGUCAUCCUUCACAUGGCCGCCGACCGCAAUUUCUGGGACGGCUACGGUGCUCUCAAAGCCGUCAACGUGAACUCUGCCAAGGCGCUCGCGAAGCUGGCCCUCCGCACUGGCGCCACGCUGCACGUCUUGAGCUCAGGUGCCCUGGCGGAUUAUGAGGCUGACGGCGACAGUAGUGGCCUACCACGUCCGGACCCUGCCCACGGCUACGUCGCGUCCAAGUGGGUGGCCGAGCGGUACCUCGCCGAUGCGGCGCGCCGGGCCGGUCUGCGGGUCACGGCGCAUCGGCCCACACCGGCUCCCUCCGCUGGUGAUGCACCGGUCGACCAGCUGACGCCGGGCGAAGACGCUCUGGUUCGCGCCUAUCUUGUCAACUCGCUGCGUCUCGGUGUACGACCCGAUUUUGCCAAACUCGGCGGCACAUUUCACGUUGCGCCGGUCAACGACGUGGCUGCCGCUGUAGCUGCCGCCGUCACCGCAGGUCAUCACGAGAAGUCGGAAGAGAAGGCGCUACGCUUUAUCAGCUACCCUGGCACAGCGACCCUUCGAACUGACGUCACUUCGGCGCAUGCGGAGGAGUUGUUUAGGAGACCUGAGAAUGAGGCUGUGCUGAAGCUGCCAACCGUCCCGGCGUUGCACUGGGUUGGUAUGGCGAAACGCGCUGGACUGUUUGAGUGGUUUAUUACCUCUCAGGAAUUGGUAGUAGCUGAUGACGAGGGGCGAAGAGUUGUUUCAAAGCGGUAG